UGUGGAACGUGUCGGUGUGCGUGACGUCGCCUCCACCAAAACCUCCAUCAGUGACGCAAACCGCCCACCGCAAACCCACAUCUGGUACAUCUUCUUUUCUCAGUUUGGAAUUCUUCACGGUUACAAUUAGGAUUAUUUGCCCCUUAAAAAAUACAAUGUGUGCUCAGUACCUCUGUUGUUCCCUCCAGCAAAAGUUGUGACAACACCUCCAUCAGAGACAAAAACCUCUGUCCAACCCACUGAUGCACCCGUCACUAUGUCCUCAAACACUGCAACACCUCCAGCACGACCCACAUCAGAGACUCUCUCUGUCACACCAAAACCCUCUGACAUCCUCACAACGGUCACUACGUCUACUUUGAGUUCUGGUGCAUGUGGUUAGUUUUGUUCAUAUUUUAAUUCCUCUACCAGCAGAAUUGGUUGGUGAUAUUAUUUUAAUAUCAUUAAACCUUUCAGGUCAUCCACACCCCAAAAACUAAUCUCACCUUUUCACCCGGUAGUCAUAACAUUCACAUGAUAUUAAGACUCUUCUAAAAAUAACUUCUUUCCCCUAAUAAUAUUACUCAUUUAGUCUGAACAGCACCACCAUGUGGUCAUUUGUCAAGUUUUCUUUUUAAAUUAAAUUCCAAAUAUACCUGAACUAAUUCUCCACUGUGUCCACCAUUUAGAAUUUUAUUUCAAACAAUGUUUUGUUCUGCCAUCAAUUGUAUCCAGUCUUCACCAAAGCUAGUAAAAACACAACAGUAGGCCCAAUGUGUUCACAACACUUCCUACAAAUAUCAAUUUUCUUUUUCUUUUGAAAAUAUUACUUUUCCCCUAUAAUUAUAGUUUUCCUCUCUUAAUAUUUGUAUUUUCUAUUAUUGUGUUGAGUAAUAAUAAUAAAGGAUUACAUAUUAUUUAAGCCUUGCAAAUAUUAGUUUGACAAGAAAUUUGUAGCACAAGAUCUACUUUACUGGAGCUUUCAGCCUCAUCUCAUGGCCUUCAGCGAGAGAUGGAGUUUGACCGACCAUGUGGUUAAAGGUCUGAAAAAGAAAAUCAGUGAGCGGAACUUGUUCUUGAAACAUAUGUUAAAAUGUAUUCUUCUUUUUCUAGAAGUUAAACCAUUAUUCAUCAUGAUUGUCUCUAUCAGUAUUCUGAAGCACAUGUGUAUCCAGGUGCAGAUAAACAAGAUGAAAGCAUGAUCUGUUAUUAAAAUAACACAUUUAGAGGACUGAGCUGCUUGAAUCUCUUUAGUUGGUCCGUUGUUUCCAUUCAGCAGCUCAUGUGACGUCGCCUCCAUCAGUGACGGAGAUCUCUGUCCGACCUGAACCUUCUGACCUGCCCAGAGCUACAUCUACACCCACUGGGAUGGCGUGUGUGUGUGUGUGUGUGUGUGUGUGUGUGUGUGUGUGUGUGUGUGUGUGUGUGUGUGUGUGUGUGUGUGUGUGUGUGUGUGUGUGUGUUUCUUCUGGUCUUUGAUACUUGAACCAUUAUGUAACGUGUGCUUCAUGUGUCUGUUUUUCCUUCCAGAAACCUGUGCGACAUCAAGACCAUCGUCGGAUACAAACGUUGUCUUCACACUGGUUGUUGUGAUAGUGGUUCUUUCGUUGCUCCUGUUUGUGGGGUUCUUCCUGGCGGUGCUGCAUCGGAGGAAACACAACAGCAAAGCCAUGACGCCUGGACGUCCAGAGGAAAACAGACCUGAGUUGAAAGAAGGCGGCAGAUCCAGUCGUGCUCCGUCUCCAGGAAACUCUGAGAAAAGAGAAAUCAAUCAGUGGGACUCAGAGACGGGAUGGAGGACGUCCUUUACUGGAGUCAGAGCUAAGUCGGCUAAUGCCGUUCUCUUCAUGUCUCCUUUUUGUGCACCUGUGAAAGAUGAAGUGACUUUGCAAACUGAGAUGGAGGCUCAGUCAGAAGAUGCAGGAAAGCAGAAACUGGGAGAUGAAACUGAAGUAGAUGGAGGAGUUGAGACGGAUGAUGCUGAUGUAAUAAGAAAUGGUAAACAAGCGGAGGCUGGUGGAGAUCUAGAUGAAAAGUCCCACCGUGUUUCUGUCAACACUACUAACACUGUGCCUUAUCUGAGCAUCGCUACAAACCAGAAUAAGCUCAGUCCUGAUGAUUUCAACAAACGGUCCACUGACGGUUCAGCUCAAAGAUCACAGACGGGAAAAGUCAUGGGGAGGAUCUCCACCUGGCCUCCGACUGCCGUUCAGUGGCAGGCCAGAUGUAAAGCGAAGGAGGACGAGGAGCAGGGGACGGAUGUCUUCGCUGUUUGGACACCAAUGUUUCCAGCUGAGGUGAAGACAGAGGAGCGUCCCUCGGGUUCUGACUGGGACAAAAAGGAAGACGACAUCGAGAACAAUCCAAUGGAAGGUUUACGAACUGCACCAAACCAAGAUCCUUUAAAAAUGACCGCAGCUCCCGUGAGUUUGGGACACUCUCGGUCCUCAAAACCAAAUGACGACACCACUUGUUUCAGUGAGGCUCUCACCCACACUGGCACGAGGCUAGAAGCGCAGCUAAAGAAGGAGAUGAUCCUGGACCCGACCACUGUGGGACGGACCCAAACUCUGAAUGAGGGGAAACUUUGUCCAGAUCAAGACCUGAAAUCUGCAGCAAAUCGUGCGCAGAAGAAGAGCAGCACCAAGGCAGAACAGAGGAACGAAUUACAGCGAGCUGUGACGAGCAGACAGAGAGCAGAGAACGGCCCAAAGGCUCCCUCUGGCGGCGCCUCGCCAGAUGACGAGACGCUGCUGUCCGGCAACGAGUACGCCUUCAUGGACCUGCUGCACGAAGUCGUGCAGAACAACGGCCGCUGGACCCGAGACCGGUGGAAGCAGAAAGAAGCCAACAAGCAGCGGCGUCACGACAGAGCCGCCGAAAGGAGUUUAGAAAAGGAUUCGCUUAAAGUUUGAAAUGACGUAUAACACAACACAACGUACAAUAUUGUAGUUUUAUUCUAUCACUCUUUAAGUUGGAAGAAAAUAGUUUAUUUUUACCUGCUGCGGAAAUAACAUGUAAAAAUGAUCUUUGUGUGAGAUGAAGUAAACACUUAAAAUAAUUGUUUGACAUUUUGGAGAACACUUCAAUUAGCUUUUUAUUGAAAGGUUACUGUACUAUAGAAUUCAGACUUAAGGUCAUUGUAUGAGCUACAUUUAACAAUGUAGAAACAUAUCCCGUCUAGUUGUAAAGAUGCAACUUAAAACCAACGUUUUUACAGUUUUUGUUGCAAUUAAACAAGAGAUUUAAUUAAUUGUAAAGCUUUAGAGCUGCUGGUUAGUGGAUUUUCUUUACCUUUGGCCAUGGCCAGGCUAGUCUUUAUGCUAAGCUAACAGUCUCUUCAUAGUUGCCAUACAGACACAAGUGGUAUUGAGCUUCUCAUGCUACUCAAAGAAAGAUGUGGUUCCCAAAAUAUCCUUCAGAAAAUUGUUUAUUUUGAUUUCUGCUGCAGUUUAAAUGUAAUCUCUGAUUGCGAGAUGAAGUCGAUACUACUCAAAUAAAAGCACUAAUCAAAUACAAGCACAUAUUCAUCAAGUUGUCAUUUGACGAUCUGGGAUCAAAAAAUAAAAAGGUCUUUUCAUGUAUUGUAUCUGGCUGCAUGCAGCAUUUAUUUGUUCAUAUUUCAUAGGUGGAGAAGUACACUCGCUCCUCAUAAGAAAGAGUACAAAAUGGAUCAACCCCUUUUUGACAAUGACUUAAAAACAAAGUGGAGGUAAACAGGAUACGUAGGCUUUUGAUAACACCUGGACACAACAUGCAUGUUCCAUUCAUAUAAAUACACAGUAUCAAAUAAUGGCCCCAACUUGGAAGCAGUUGACUUGAAUAUGGGUUUCUCUAGCCAUGGGACAUCCCACUAAAUGUACAAAAUGUAUUGUUCCUGGCAAGCUUGUAUAUCAAAACAUGCUGUUGUGUUUACAUGCCCCUUGUGGUAUUUGUAAGUAUGGACACUAGGAGGUCUGAGUGAGCUCUGUGCGGAGAGUUAUAAGCUUAGUCGGGAGCGAGGACCAAGGAAGACGUUAAAUGAAUGGAUCAGCACACCGAUCGGAUCUUCCAUCGAGGUCGCUCACACUUUUACUCCUCAGCUCUCCUGCCCUGUAAACGGACGCUUGUAGAGGGCCAGUUAAAUGUAAAAAAGCUUAUGCUGCAUCCUCAAAUAAAAAUCCAUCAUUACUGUCUCUUCAUAUUUCUUUAACAAAUAAAUAACAUGGCUCUCACCAAAAUACUUUUUUCAAACAUCUGCAAAAAUGAAAAGAACAAAGCAUGACAUGUUACUGCACGUUUGACUUGUCUUUGCAUCACAGAGCUGAAUACUGUCCACUGUGUUGUACGGAUUAAAGGGUCACGCUGUUACGCUCUACACAUCCCCGAAGAGCUUAGUGCAAACAUAUGUUCAAGUCCUCUUUCACUUUCCAUCAAACAGAAGAGACUGAAACGAUUUACAAAGUUCCUAUUUACAGCGAUUAAACCAAACAUAAAUGGAGAUCAACUACUGCACACUGCCUUUUUACACAAGGUGUGGCCUGUACA